AUCCACCAGAAGAGUGGAUAAUUUCACUGGGAAAGCCUGUCCGUCAUAGUAAUUGUGAUAUUUUUUAAAUUCAAUCUGUAUAUUGUUAAAACGUACACUGAUUUCAACUUAAAUAUUAUUUUAGCAAUUUAUAUAUAGAGACAAAAAUAAUUAAUCUCUACAAAAUUCACAUAAAUCCAUCAAAAAACGUAGGAAAAACAAAGAUUUAUUCUAAAUGGCGGUCGUCAAAACACAGCAAGGAAUGCUGAGAGGUAUUAGUUGUAACUCCGAAAAUAGCAGUUUUCAUGCUUUUAAAGGAAUACCAUAUGCAAAACCUCCUAUCGGAAAAUUGAGAUUCAAGGCACCACUGCCACCGGAGCCCUGGACAGGUGUACGGGAUGCCUCCGAACACGGGCCAGUAUGCCCACAUUAUAACGAACGGCUCGACAAAAUAGAAACGGGAAGCGAAGAUUGCCUCUAUCUUAAUGUCUACACAAAAACAGUGAACAAUAAGAAACGUUUACCCGUUUUGGUUUGGAUUCACGGUGGAGGAUUCUACACUGGAUCAGGGAAUUCAGAAUUUUAUGGCCCCGAUUUUUUUAUGGAACAUGAUAUUGUUAUGGUAACUUUCAAUUACCGACUAGAAGUUUUUGGUUUUCUUUGCCUAGAUAAUGAGGAGGUACCAGGUAACGCAGGCCUCAAAGACCAAGUCGCAGCACUGAAAUGGAUAAAAAAUAAUAUAACUUCAUUUGGAGGAGACCCUGAAAACGUAACAAUUUUUGGAUGCAGUGCCGGAGCGGCCUCUACAUCUUACCACAUGAUAUCUGAUAUGAGUUCUGGACUAUUCAGCAAAGCAAUUUGUCAAAGCGGUGUAUGUCUUAACGAGUGGAGCUAUAAUAUUUACGCUCGUCAAAGAGCUUUCCAAUUAGGAAAAUUACUGGGUAAAGACACUGAAGAGGUUGAUGAGUUACUAAAGUUUCUGAGAAAUGUACCUGCUGAAUCUUUGAUCAAUGUUAAGUUACCCGCAAUCAACACCGAUUACCCUGAUAUAAGCGACGGUUUAAUGUUUUCACCCGUCGUUGAAAAUUCUAAUUUAAAUGUAGAAAAAUUCAUCAGCGAAUACCCGCCUACAUUAAUUAAGAAAGGACAUGUAGCUAAAAUUCCCUUGAUGUUGGGAUAUACAUCAGCAGAUGGCAUUGAAGUUUGUCGUGAUUUUCCGAAAUCUUUACCUUUCUUUUCAAAAGAGGGUAUUGUUAUACCCAGAGAAAUCAAAUUAAAUAUGUCAUUAAAUGAGAUGAAAAUUUUAGACGAAAAGAUACGACUUAAAUACUUCGGAAGUACGACCAUUACAGACAAAAUGCUCGAAGAAUGUGUAAAUUUAACAACGGACAUUGUUUUUGCUUACAAUACAAGAAGGUUAGCACGGUACCAUUUUAAAAACACAUCAAUGCCGAUUUAUUUCUAUAAAUUCACAGCAGAAACCGAACGAAAUUACAUGAAGAAGAAAUAUAAAAUGGAACAGGUGCCUGGAGUAUGUCAUGGAGAUGAUCAAUAUUACCAAUUUAAUGUUAAAAAUAUUGAUAUUCCUUUAACAAUCGAUUCCAAAGCUGUUGUAGAGAAUGUUGUUAAAUUAUGGGUCAAUUUUGCAAGCUAUGGAAAUCCGACACCAGAUUGCGCUGACGUCGAAUGGAAACCGUUCACAGAACAUGAGAAGAAUUGUUUCAUUAUAGAUAGAUAUUUGAAAUGCACAGUGAACGUCGACGAAGAAAAAAUGCUGUUUUGGGAUGAAAUAUAUAGAGAACAGCGGAUCUAAUAUUUACCUUUGGCUGAAACGCUAAUAUUUUUUAUCUAAGAUCGAUGCGAUCUAUAAACUAUAUAUUUUACAACAGCCUAGAUAUUCUCAUUAUAACCUUAAAAAUAAUGUAUAAAGCUAGAGUUGAGAAUUGUUAGGUAUUUUUUUAAGAUCUAAAGACAACUGCUGCGCGACUCGACAAUUGCUCACAUCGGCAGCUGUCCCCACAGUAUUAAUAGUCUCCUUCUUAAAAAAAACACAACAAGACCGUCUUUUAACGGAGAACCUUGUUUAUAUUUGAUCAGGCCCUUGAUAGCAAAUAAUCUAAUUUAACUCAAUAAAUUUACCCCUAUUUUCAGAAACUGAUUCAAGUAAAUAAAAAUAGGUGAAUUUUUAUAACUAUUGAACCACUUGUGUUUAAGGUAUAAGGUAAAAAAAAACUCAAUUAGGAAUGAUACUUAUAAUUUGAAAAUCUUGUAAACCUAGUCCUCACUAAUGAGUAGCGAGCCGUACAAAAGUUUAAAUCUUCGUCUAUUCCACAUAAAAAAUAAUUGCAUUCAAAGUAAUACGUAAACUUUUUACCUUAUUUAAAUAGCUGUCCUUUAACUCUGAACAUAUUUCAAAGUUUUCAUAUUGGACAUUAUGAUUUUUGAAAAUAAGGUAAAAUAUUAGCAAUGUUGCUAUAGUAAUUAAAUUGUAUCCACACACAUGCCCUUAUUAACAAUAUCUGUACAUUAUUUUGAACUGUUUAUUAUGAUUUUAUUAAAUAAUUUUUGCAGAUGGGAUAUAAAGUA